ACCGUUCUUCACUUUAUCUUGACAAUGACCUUUGUUGAUCGUUUGUUUCAGAACACCGGGAAAGAAAGAUCGGCCGUCUUAACUACCUAUAUUCAAACGGCCGCUAUAUUCCUCUCUGAAUCAUUGCGACUCAAUCUCCCAACGUCGCUCACAGGCUGACGAGGUAUUUUCACCAGGAGGACGACAUAUGAGGUGACGUCCAUCGAGAGACCUGAGCAAAUUGAGAACAGGUAUCCGGGGGCAUCCAGCCCCCCCCAAAGUUCAAAGACCGGUACCCGGGGUAAGAAGAGGGUGUAGCGUGAGGUGGCUAUACCAUACCAUGGGGAGAGGUAACGGAUUCUUCAAGAAUCCUUAUCCCGGAUUCUUUAACAAAGAACAAGGAAGGUGGUACUGCAGUUGUAUAAAUGGGCCGCAACCAGCAAUCCGACUUCACGUCAAGAAGGAAGGUCCCAAUCAGGGCAGGUUUUUCUACACGUGUCGAGAGCCCCGGGACCUUGGGGCGAUCCCUGGCCAGUGCGGCUUCUUUCUUUGGGCGGAGAUGGCGGAACUACGUGAAAGGGAGGCCGCUUUGAGGCCAGUACAGCGGUCCGAGUACGUGCCGGACUUGAGAGAGGUGAUGCCUAGACUUCCUUGGUUUCCUCCUUAUGGUGAAGGUUGGGGUUUUGCCGACUGUCCUUAUUCCGACUACUAUGAAGAUCCAACUCCGGUUGACGACGACAUGGACAGUGUGAAGGUGAAGGAAGAAGACAUGGACGACGAAGAACGCGGGUUAUCGGCGGUGAAGUCCCCCGGGAGGAAGCGCCCGGCGGCAGCGGCGACUACGGUAGAGGAGGAGGAGUACGGCGAACUUGAGUCGGACGUGGAAAGGCAGCUGGUUCAAAUCGUAGACUCGAGUCCUCCCCGUCCGAGUCAACAACAACAACACAGAGGGAACAAUGUCCCAUUACCGGCGCCGGCCUCAUCCCAAGCCCGAAUGGGCAACACAACGGCGGCGAUGCAACAGCACCUCGGCACCCGCACCCCGAACCCGCAGCGGACAUACGAUGUCUCUGCAUCUAUGCUAACCCCAACUUCACGAGGGAACACCGCAACCGCGGCGUCCGAACCUGGCGCAGCCAAACGCGUCAAGUUCUCCGAUACCAGGGGGCCACCACCACCAUCAUCAACAACAAGGACGGCGGCGACAACUCCCAGCCAGACCUUAGGUCACAGUCCCAUAGGCGGUAGACUCACCACCACCACGAGCGUUGGGCUAGGCGACGACUACGAAAUCACCACCUCUAUCCUCAACCUCCUCUCAAACGAGAAACAAGUCUCCGACGCAACCCGUCAAGUCAUCCGCGACAAGCUCAACACGUACGCUUUACGCAUGCGCGGCGUCGAGCGCGGUCGCGACAUGACGAGGGCGGCGCUCAAGGCUAAGGAAGCCAAGGAGGCUGAGCUGAGGGCGAGGAUCGAAGAGUUGGAGAGGGAACGGAGAGCCACUGCUGAUAAGGUCAGGGCGUUGAGGAAUGGGUUGGGGGAGUUGUUUGCUGAUGUUGAUGGUUGUGUUGAUGGUGGUGAGGGUGGAGCGUAGAGGGGACAGAUGGGAAACUGGGGGUAGGCGGCAGGUCGCAAAUUCACGGAGGAUUUAUUGGUUGCUUGCCAUGGCGGAGAUUUUUACUGCCGCUGGUGUUGGGACUUAGUUGGGGUUUGAUAUCUCGGGGGAGACAUGAACUCCUACCCAUAGGUGUAGGUGUCCAUGAUUUUUUUUUGAUUUUUUUGAUUUUUUUAAAUUUUUUUUUUGUUUCUGGUUGGGAUACCAUCUACGGAUUGGUUUAGGUUUCCGCAUAUUCCAGUUGGGACAACUGACGGGUGCUGGGUUUGACAAAGAGCAUCACUGCUCACUGGUUUCAUUGGAGCAUAUGCAUUGGAAGUAAUGACGGGUUUGGGGUUCACGAUACUGCCAGCUACAUGGUGUUAACUGCACAAUGGAAGUUCGAGUUUUGGGACAACUUUGUCGUAGG